CCUGGGCUGCGUCACGUGACGCGGAAGGGGCCAAAGCUUUGGAGGAGAUCCUUCACCCACCGCUGCGGCUGAGAGAGUGGGGGCCGCCAUCAUGCUCUCCCGGCUGCUGAGGGAGCACCAGGCGAAGCAGGGCGAGAGGAAAGAGCUGCAAGAACGGCGGCGACGGGAGGCCAUUGCUGCAGCCACUUGUGUAACAGAAGCUUUGGUUGACCAUUUGAAUGUAGGUCCUUUAAAAGUGGAAUUGGGAAGAGGCUCAUUCAGCACCCCCAGGCUGCAGGGAGGCCCAAGCAGGGUUGCACAGGCCUAUGUAAACCAAAGGAAGCUUGACCAUGAAGUGAAGACUCUGCAGAUCCAGGCGGCUCAGUUUGCCAAGCAGACAGGCCAGUGGAUCAGCAUGGUGGAAAACUUCAACCAGGCUUUGAAGGAAAUUGGUGAUGUGGAAAACUGGGCUCGUAGCAUAGAGAUGGAUAUGCGGACCAUUGCCACCGCACUGGAGUAUGUUUACAAGGGGCAGCUGCAGCCUUCCACCUCUUGAAUGGACACUUGCCUGUCAGUCCUUGGCACCUGCAGAGCUUGGAUUCCUUCUCCCAUUCUCUUUUGAUAGCCAAUAGCAGUAAAGUGGCAAGCUGUUCAUCUGCAAGCUAUUGCUACGUUCUGUGGCUGCGUUUUAGCGUAGGGAAAAAGUUCCCUCCUCUCCUGCCUCAGCUGCUGUCGGGGAUGUGGUUGUUUUUCUUCUGCGCAAGUGAGGCAAUGUCUUGUUUCUGGGGAAACAAAAACAAGAGCUGGAUGGAGUGAGGCGAAAACAGUAUUCACAUUGCACUGAAAGAUGAGGGGUUUGUAUUGAUCUUUGCUGUAAAGUUGGAAACAAUUGAAUAAAAAAAGACGGUUUGAACACAC